CUUCAGUAUUCACAUCUGAAUCAAAAUGAGAAUUCUAUUCUCACCAUUGUUUUUCUUGAUCUCUGUAUUCUUUAGUUUCGGCAAUCCCAAUUUGGCUCCUGUACACAGCCAAUUCCUGGAGGAUCAGAAAGUCUUGUUACAUAAAAUGAAAGAUGACUUUAAGUUAAAUUCUUCCUUGACAACUAAACUGGUUUCUGGACAAUGUCUCGAUGAUCAACGGUCAUUAUUGAUUCAAUUCAAGAACAGCAUCAUCUUCGACCCGACACUUUCUGUCAAACUGGUGACAUGGAAUCGGUCGGAGGAUUGUUGCACCUGGAAGGGGAUUGCCUGCGAUAGUUCAGGGCAUGUGAUCAGUUUGGAGCUGGAUCAAGAAUCGAUUUCGGGUGGGAUUGAGAAUUCAACUAGUCUUCUUGGUUUCCAGUAUCUUGAGAAGCUGAAUUUGGCUUACAACAGAUUGUAUGACAUUCAGAUUCCGAAGGGGAUUUAUAAUCUUGCGAAUUUGACGUACUUGAACUUAUCAAAUGCAGGUUUUGUUGGACAGAUUCCAAUUGAGGUUUCGAGGAUGACAAGGUUGGUUACUCUUGAUCUGUCCACUUUUCGCCAUUUGUCUCAGCCAAAGAAACUCGAGAAUCCGAAUCUGAAAACGCUUGUUCAGAACCUUAAAGAGCUUCGAGAACUUUAUCUUGAUGGUGUUAAUAUUUCAGCUCCAGGGAGUGAAUGGUGCCAGGCCUUGUCUUCGUCUUUACCAAAUCUAAGCUAUUUGAGCCUGUCUAGUUGUCUUCUUUCAGGUCCACUCGAUUCUUCCUUAUCACAGCUUCAAAAUCUUUCAUUUCUUCGUCUUGACUAUAACAAUCUGUCCACUACAAUUCCGGACUCCUUUGCAAAUUUUUCGAAACUGACCAAGUUGAGCAUGCGCUAUUGUUUUCUGCAAGGAUUCUUUCCCAACAAAAUCUUCCAGUUACCCACUUUACAGAAUCUGAAUUUGAGAAACAAUAACUUGCUCAACGGCAAUUUGCCACAAUUUCCCCGAGGUGGAUCUCUUAGAAAAAUAAUUCUUGGCUACACUAACUUUUCGGGUUCAUUGCCUGAUUCCAUUGGUAACCUCGGCAUGUUGUCGUGGAUUGAUCUGAUGGAUUGCAAUUUCAGUGGACUACUUCCACCCACGAUAACAAAUCUCACCGAAGUAGUUUAUUUGGACUUCUCGGGGAAUAAACUCACUGGUUUACUCCCACUUUUCAAUAUGUCCAAGAAACUUACCCAUAUAGACCUCUCUGGUAAUGGUCUCACCGGAUCACUUUCUUCCAUGCAUUUUGAGGGACUUAAUGAUCUUGUGAUUUUGGACUUAAGUUACAAUUCACUCAAUGGGAGCAUCCCCCCUGCUCUGUUUGCUCUCCCUUCACUGCAGAAACUCAAUUUGUCUAACAAUCAAUUUGGUGGCCAAGUCAAUGAACCUUCGAAUACGUCCUCAUCCCAAUUGGAUACACUCGAUUUGAGUAGUAAUCUCCUAGAAGGGCCCAUUCCCAAAUUUUUCUUUGAACUUCGAGAGCUUAAAAUUCUCUCACUUGAUUCCAACUUCUUUAACGGCACUGUACAGAUGGAUCACAAUCGCUUGUCAGUCAAUGCAAGCAUCAGUUCUUCGAGCUCAUAUCCGUUUGCACAGCUGGAAAUGUUAAUCUUAGCAUCCUGCAAUCUAAAAAGUUUUCCUGACCUGAGGAACCAAUCAACUCUGUACUUUAUAGACCUUUCAGACAACCAAAUUAUGGGGGAAAUUCCUAAUUGGAUUUGGGAAGUUGGAAAUGGAAGUAUUGCUCUGUUAAAUCUUUCUCACAAUCUCUUACAAGAUCUGCAAAAACCUUACAUCAUUCCAAGUUUUAUUAUUCUAGACAUUCAUAACAACCAGCUCCGAGGUGAUCUGCCAAUCCUUCCAUCCUCAGCUAUGUAUAUAGAUUUCUCAAGCAAUAAUUUCAACCACUAUAUUCCAGCUGAUAUAGGCAAAAAUGUUUCGGAAGCUUCAUUCUUUUCUCUUUCAAAUAAUAAUCUAAUGGGAGCUAUACCUGAAUCCAUAUGCAAUUCUAGUUACCUUCGAAUCCUUGAUCUGUCGAACAAUUUUUUGAGCGGUACAAUACCAAAAUGUCUACUAUCAAGUCAGACUCUUGGCGUACUGAACCUAGGAAGAAACAAUCUCAGCGGAACCAUUCCUGAUGCAUUUUCUCGCCGUUGUGGUCUAAGAACUCUAGACCUCAGUAGGAACAGUUUAACAGGGAAGAUUCCAGGAUCUCUGAGCCAUUGCAAAUUGUUAGAAGUUUUAAAUGUUGGAAACAACAAAGUUGAAGGCAUCUUCCCAUGCAUGUUGAAAAAUUCAUCCAGCUUGCGUGUGCUGGUUCUGCGAUCCAACAGAUUCCACGGUGAACUUCAAUGUCCUGGGACCAAUAACAGUUGGCCAAAUCUUCAAAUCAUUGACAUAGCUUUUAACAAUUUCCGCGGGUAUCUGUCCCCAAGAUUCUUCUUAGGGUGGAGAGGAAUGAUGCUUGACAAUGAUGUCCUACUCACGUGCAACCUCCUGACAAUCGAUUUCAACCUUUUCAACCACCUGACAUUCGAUUUCAACCUCCUGACAUUCUAUUUUACGGAUGGGUUGGACGUUUACUAUCAGGUGACCGUGACAGUAACCAUUAAAGGGUUAGAACUGAAGCUUGUGAAAAUUCCAACGGCUUUUACAACCAUUGAUUUGUCAAGCAAUAAUUUUCGAGGAGAGAUUCCAGAUACUGUUGGGGAUCUAUGUUCACUUUACGCUCUCAACUUAUCACAUAAUGCUCUCAUUGGCCAAAUCCCAAAAUCCAUGGGGAAGCUGGCACAGCUUGAAUCGUUAGACCUUUCAAAGAACCAACUAAAUGGAGAGAUACCAAAAGAGCUCACAAGUCUAACAUUCCUGUCUUUGUUGAAUCUGUCCUACAACAAAUUGGUUGGAAGUAUCCCUCCAGGUCGUCAAUUCCAAACAUAUUCGUCAGCCUCCUUUGAAGGAAAUACGGGACUGUGCGGAUUUCCUUUGAACAUAAGUUGUGGGGGCAUUUCACCCCCAAGUUUUGAGGACAAGCAGCUCUACAAUUUGAAGACUAAUAAGAUUAACUGGGAUUAUGUAAGUGCUGCACUGGGAUACAGUGUGGGAUUUGUAUUGACUGUGUGGUUACUUUGGUUGGUUUUGUGACUUUGUUCUAUUUAAAAGCAUGUACUAUUAAAAAAAAAAAUUGAGUUGUUGGAUCAUUUAUAAUCGAUGAUUAAUAAAUUAUAGGGACACACAGAGACAACUUUGAAGUAUCUGAGUACUAGAGACAUUUACAGGUUUCAAAAAUUAUAGAAACGCCC